CAUCCUGUUGCUGCCAUUCUCUCAACACGGCAUCUGGGGUUCGUGGCGGGCAGCAGCUGCAGGCCUGCCUCCCAGCUAGGCAGGAUGGACUGGCCACACAGCCUGCUGCUCCUCCUUGCCAUUUCCAUCUUCCUGGGGCUGGGCCAGCCUCGGAACCCCAAAGGCAAGAGGAAGGGGCAAGGUCGACCUGGCCCCUUGGCCCCUGGGCCUCACCAGGUGCCCCUGGACCUGGUGUCCCGGGUGAAGCCCUAUGCCCGCAUGGAGGAGUAUGAGCGGAACCUUGGAGAGAUGGUGGCCCAGUUGAGAAACAACUCUGAGCCAGCCAAGAGGAAGUGUGAAGUCAAUCUACAGCUCUGGCUGUCCAACAAGAGGAGCCUGUCCCCCUGGGGCUACAGCAUCAAUCACGAUCCUGGCCGCAUCCCCGCCGACCUGCCCGAGGCGCGGUGCCUGUGUCUGGGCUGCGUGAACCCUUUCACCAUGCAGGAGGACCGCAGCAUGGUGAGCGUGCCGGUGUUCAGCCAGGUGCCCGUGCGCCGCCGCCUCUGCCCGCCGCCGCCGCGCCCCGGGCCCUGCCGCCAGCGGGCGGUUAUGGAGACCAUCGCGGUGGGCUGCACCUGCAUAUUCUGAGUCACCCGCUCCACCCAGCAGCCCAUCGGUGAUUCCACAAGGCUGAUGGAAAGUGAACGCUAUCCUCUGUAAAGCUGGCGUCUUCUGGCUGGGAAGGGAUUGAGGUUGGGGUUGGAGACCUCGGGGACACAGAUUUCCAGAUCGGCAUAAAAAGGAAAAUUGCCCAUCACUGAACCAGGCUAGUAGAAAAUAUUGCUUGGGCGGGGGCAGUCGGGGGAUCCCGAGAAAAGAAAAAGAAAUAAAAUACCGCCUUCGCUUCUA